AUGGCGACCUUUGUUUCUUCCUUCUUGGCCGCCGCUAAUGGCCUCAAAUCAAUACUCACCACACAAGACUUUGGGUCGGAUUACGAGUUACUUUGCACGGAACUCUCACUUCAGUCAUUGAGAUUUAGGUUAUGGGGAGAAUCGGUCGGAAUACAUGUUGAUUUUCCAGAGCGCACACAAGCUCACACCUUCACGCGCGCUGAGAUUCAAGGCACAAUUACGCAAGCUGUCAACAGUGUCAUUCAUUUACUUGCAGAUGUCGAGGCCCUUCGGCAUAGAUAUGAUCUGAAAUCGACCCGCAUCUCAACAUUUGGCGGUUCUAGGAAGAGCUCUAUUACGCAAAGGGAAGCUGGGUUAACUGCUACUGACUAUCAACCCUCAGGGGUGACCCUUUUGAGGGAGCGCAUGGAAGAGAAUCAGCAGCAAAAGUCGUUUCUCAGUCUUGCUAAAUGGACACGCACCGAUGCGAAGAAAUUCGAGGAGAAAAUUGCGAGACUCAAGAGUUUAAUUGAUAGCAUGGAAUCGAUCAGCAAAGUAGCCGAGUUGACCUCAGCCAUCACAUCGCCAAUACUACCAAAUUAUACACCAACAACUUUGGAAGAAGGUCCACCAGCAUACACGGAACGACAGGAACGGCCUGUCAUUGCUGAACGCUCAGGAUCAUCUGACUGGCCUCUUCCAUCACCGCGAUUGAUGGAAGUACAAAGCAGAUCUCCCAGAUCGCGACGGCCUCGCCUUACUUCGAUCUACAGCUCACAAAGCUCAGAUAUUGUGAAACAUCAUACGGCAUUUGUCACAUAUGUAGCUGGUAUCGAUGGUACCAGCGAUAGAGAGGCAUCUCCAAGGGCUCGAGACAAGUUGCAGCGUCUGUCUUCAGUUCAGUUCAGCGAGUUGAGCUCAGACAUAUAUGAUGAGGUUGUGCGUCGGCAAGAAUAUAAUGCGUAUGUCUAUCACGACAUACGACAAGAGCCGCGUUUAGAAAUGGUUGCAGACACCCUUCCAGAGAAAUCCGAUUACCACCCAAAGCGGAAUGCGGCCCGUCAACGACUGGCCACACUUCGCACUCAGCGAUUCCGCGAUCUUGUUAACGAUAUGUUAGUGGAGAUAGAGCGCCGCUCAUCUCUACCACCGCCUCCAACGAGUGGUAUAUCGUAUCAAUCCCUCUCCGCAUUAUCAUCCCCCAACAUCCUCUCUCCAGUAUCCACUACAGGCUUUUCAGCCGCCAGUACUCCAGCCACUACGCCAUCUAACUCGCCCCCAACCACACCAGAACUCCCUUCUGUCGAAGUCUUCAAGUCAUUCCGCGUGUCCCCAAAUAGUACAACUAACCAGGUCCUUCCAGAGGCGCUUCGCAAGUAUCACAUCAAAGCUCGGUGGCAAGAUUAUCAACUCUGGAUUAUGUAUGGAGAUCAAGAACGUUGUCUUGGACCUGAAGAACGACCCCUGAGCAUAUUUCGUGAACUAGAAAGAGAUGGGAAGAAACCUAUGUUUAUGUUAAAGAGCCACAAGAAGCAAACUACGGGGGCGAGUUCUGCCAAGAAUGAGGGUUUUACCAAAUGA